GUAAAAACUAGAAAUGGGUUGCUGCACAUCUACCAAAAAGGUCCAUAGACCUGAGCAAAAGCCUUUGCAAAGAAAGCAGAGGAAUAUAAUUAGAAAGCCGCGAAGGAAGGUCACCUGUAUCCUCCUGAAAUGUGAGGAUAAGUUCCAUAAAUAAGAUAGUCUUAACACUUUGAUCAUACUUUUCCCUGUCUGAUCUCGGAAAAUACUCUCAAAUUUCCAAAUUAUUCAAUGAAAUCAGCGGUCACAGGAAGGUCCUACAACUGUUCAAUUCGAGGAUUAGCGCUGAGGAUGAAAUAAUCGGAUUUAAUGGGUCCACUUUCAAUCCAUAUGUUAGCCUCCCUCCCCAACAGUCUUUCGGGCUUCAUGAGGAAGCAAACCAAGGAAUUAAGAAAGGUGAUAUGCCAAUGCUUCACAACCAUCCAGUUAUCCAUGAGGACCAGUCUGAAGGAUUUUUCAUAUUAGAACAAAAAGCCAGAGAGGGAUCUCUCAGAAGAAGAUCCUCAGGUAUCGGGUUUGGUCUAACAAGUCAAGAAAGGAGUAUGCUUACCAACACUGUAGGGAGAAACCCUAGUAAUAUCCAAACUGCUGUGUCAACACCUAGGGAGAGGGAGCAAGCACACCAAAAACCGCCUAGCGGGAAGAGAAUCAUUAAGAAUUUUGUAAUAGCUUCUCCUCCUCUAUCUUAUCGAAAAGAAAGAGUCGAAGCAAGGGAAUCUGCCCAUAUGAGCUUUGGCUUGAGGAACUCUUUUGGGUCUGACCUUACAAAUCCAAACCAUUCUGGAUCGAAUCAUGAGCAGAGUAAUUAUGGCGGUCAAAGGAGUCAUGCGAAAGCAGUUCCUAGCGCCAUAAACUCUUUGAAUGAAAUCCAGCUUGACUUAGUAGAAGAGAAUGAGGAAGAGAGAGGAGAAGUGCCUAGAUCACACUCUAAAUACUAUAAAGAAAAUAUUCCAUCAGGAGAUUGAAGGAAUUCUCCUUCAGAGAGACCCCCAAGGAUACCCUUACUAAAGAAUAGCUCAAGUACUAAGCCAAUCACGUGCUUGGCAGACAUCAGCUAUUAUCGAGAGAGUGGAGUAGAGUCUAGGCUUCAUGAAGCUUCCAGAUAUCACUCGCCUAACUAAUAUUAACUUAUUAAAUAACUUUC